AUGGGUAGAAAGAAAGUUAGUUGUUCGGUUCCUCGUGGUAAAACAUAUUCCCGGCACGGCACUUUCAAUAAAAAAAACAUCGAGAGCAAUCGUGAUCAUAAUACUAGUAAUUACCUUAAGAUCAAUGAGGAUAACGUGAUUGAUCUAAGCUCUAGGAGCGAAGCAUACCGUGUAAUUCAAUCCCGAAAACCAAGUCAAACCUAUAGCAUCCAUAACAACAUGUCAAACGAGGAAGGUAUUGAAGGAACUGUCGCAAAAGUUGACACUGGACGGUAUCAAUAUUCUCAAAUCUUACAAUUGGAGCAUGCUAUUUCUAAUAUCAUAGAAUCGCUGAAUCGGAUUAUAAACAUGUCACCAAAUUUCAAGACUUACUUGGAAAAUCUAAAUGACGAACAUACCCCUACUGAAUUUUUACCGAGUUUCGCACGAUACCAACUUAAAUGUGCAGCUGAGUUAAAAACUUUAUAUCAAUUAGGAAAAUUCCCAAGUUUCAACGAACUAAUGAAUUACGAAUGCAAAUUUUCCCCAACAGAAAAACUCCCAAUAUUCUCUAAUUUAACCGAGGAAGACAUUGAUGGACUAUCAAGCCAAGUUGAGGACGAAGAGGAAGAUGAUGAUUAUAUUCCUACCGCAGUUAGCACUGAGGUUAUUAGUAAUUCUAAUACAAAGGAAGCACCUCAAUUAACGGGAUAUGAAAACAAAUGGCCUCCCGAAUUACCUGAAAUCAAGAAUCCUGCCAUAAAAGCUCGUGUUUUCACUCAUAGGUCUAUGAUAAAUGAUAAACUAUAUCUAUCUGAAGCUGCGAUGAUUAAAGCACAUAAUGAAAGAUUAGAAUUUCUUGGGGACUCUAUUUUGAACACAACAAUGACUAUGAUUAUUUACAACAAGUUCCCUAGUUUUAAUGAAGGUCGAUUAUCUCAAUUAAGAAUGAAGUUGAUUAACAAUGAGAGGUUGAAGGAAUGGUCUUUUAUGUAUCGUCUUCCAAGUAUGCUUAAAACAAAUGUAGAAACCAUAAACAACACUCCAGAUUUCCUAAAUGGAAAGCUGAAGCUCUAUGCAGACGUGUUUGAGGCUUAUAUUGGGGGUUUAAUUGAAGACGAUCCCAAGAAGAAUCUACCCAAAGUUAGAAAGUGGUUGGCCGCGUUAUCGGAACCAGUAAUCCAAACUGAAAUGGAGAAUGACGUUAUCCUAGAAAACACUGAUGAAGUUGAUGUGAACGCAAAGAAGACCUUGUAUUCAUUAAUUGGCUACGCAGCUUUGAAUCUACAUUACCACCCAGUUCACAGACCCACUACCAAUGCUCCGUAUGCCAUUGUCGAGUGCAGAGUUAAGAACGGAGUUGUGCUGGGCAGUGGUAAGGGAAAAAAUGUCAAAAUUGCUGGAAUGCGAGCUGCUCAGGUUGUUCUGUCAGAUAAAGCCCUAGUCGAUAAAUAUGCUGCCGAGAGAGCUGCAAUCCCAAGGGAAGAAUCUGUAGUUAAAGAAGUAAGCGAUUUCAAGCGUAAGGAUAACAAAAUAAACUUUUAG